AUGGAGAAGAUAGAUUUUCAAGUAGACCCUAUUGACUUACCAGAAAAGCGGUUAUUAGCAUUAGGUAUUGAAGGAUCAGCCAAUAAGCUCGGCGUAGGAAUCAUCGAACAUCUUCCGAAUGGUCAAAUCAACGUUUUAUCCAAUUUAAGAAAAACUUAUGUGACUCCAGCUGGACAAGGUUUUCAACCAUCUGAUACUGCCAAACAUCAUCGUGAUCAUAUUAUCGACUUAAUCAAAUCAUCCAUCAAAGAAUCUCAAGUCAAUUUAAUCGAUUUAGAUUGUAUAUGUUAUACAAAAGGUCCUGGAAUGGGUUCACCAUUACAAACUGUCGCCCUUGUUGCUCGUACACUUUCAAUGAUGUAUAAGAUUCCACUCAUAGGCGUGAAUCAUUGUGUUGGUCAUAUCGAAAUGGGUAGAUUGAUCACUCAAUCUCCUAAUCCGAUCAUCCUCUAUGUCUCGGGCGGUAAUACUCAGAUCUUGGCUUAUUCUCACCAACGAUAUCGAAUCUUUGGCGAAACUCUUGAUAUCGCCGUCGGGAAUUGUUUAGAUAGAUUUGCUCGAGUCAUUGGUUUAUCUAAUGAUCCAAGUCCAGGUUAUAAUAUUGAACAAGGUGCGAAACACGGUCGAAAAUUGAUCACCUUACCUUAUACAACCAAGGGGAUGGAUAUCUCUUUGGGUGGUAUUCUUACCAAGGCAGAGGAAUAUACUCGAGAUCGACGUUUUCUUGGAGAUCAGCCUACUACAGAUGAUACUCCAUCUGACUCUUUCAAUUCUCAAGAUCUUUGUUUCUCACUUCAAGAAACGGUUUUUGCAAUGCUAGUUGAGAUCACAGAACGUGCUAUGGCUCAUGUUGGUUCUGAUGAAGUUUUGAUUGUUGGAGGCGUCGGAUGUAAUGAACGUUUACAAGAGAUGAUGAAGAUUAUGACUGAAGAAAGAGGUGGAAGGAUCUUUGCUACUGAUGAAAGGUUUUGUAUUGAUAAUGGAAUCAUGAUUGCACAUACUGGUCUCUUACAGUUUCGAAUGGGCUUUAGAACUCCAAUCGAGAAGAGUUCAUGUACUCAAAGAUUCAGGACAGAUGAAGUUUUGAUAAAUUGGCGCACUUAGAUUUUGGCAAGGUUUGUAAAUACAAUAUCAAAUUAUACUCUGAUAUGUUGCCGCUUCUGCAAUCUAGAGCUUUGAUAGUUGAAAUUUGUGUGCAAGAUGAAAAUGUAACUUAUUCAUGUGAUCUUGGUAUAAAUUUCGUUACAUGCUCCUC